GGAGGUGGUCGAGCGGGGCUUGGGAUGGUGCCCGGGGCCGAAGGCCCGGCCCGCGCUGGCGGCCUGGUGGCCGACGUGGUCUUCGUGAUCGAGGGCACUGCCAACCUGGGGCCCUACUUCGAGGGGCUGCGGAAGCACUACCUGCUGCCGGCCAUCGAGUACUUCAAUGGGGGCCCCCCCGCAGAGACCGACUUCGGAGGAGACUAUGGGGGUACCCAGUACAGCCUCGUGGUGUUCAACACCGUGGACUGCGCCCCCGAGUCCUACGUCCAGUGCCACGCGCCCACUAGCAGCGCCUACGAGUUCGUCACGUGGUUGGAUGGCAUUCAGUUCAUGGGCGGCGGAGGCGAGAGCUGCAGCCUCAUCGCGGAGGGGCUGAGCACAGCUCUGCAGCUUUUCGAUGACUUCAAGAAGAUGCGGGAGCAGAUAGGCCAGACACACCGGGUUUGUCUCCUGAUCUGUAACUCGCCCCCGUACCUGCUGCCGGCUGUGGAGAGCACCACGUACUCGGGCUACACCACGGAGAGCCUGGUGCAGAAGAUCGGCGAGCGAGGCAUCCACUUCUCCAUCGUAUCCCCUCGGAAGCUGCCAGCCCUGCGCCUGCUCUUUGAGAAGGCGGCCCCGCCGGCCAUGCUGGAGACGCAGCCAGCAGACGUGAGCCAGGACCCCCGGCACAUGGUGCUGGUGCGGGGGCUCGUGCUGCCUGUUGGAGGAGGUUCUGGCCCGGGACCCCUGCAGCCGAAGCAGCCCGUCCCACUGCCUCCAGCACCCCCUCCUGGGGCUUCCCUCUCUGCGGCGCCCCCCCAGCCACUGCCUCCUGUCUCCCAGCCUUACCAGGUGCCCAGUAACCUCAGUGCUGCCCAGGUGGCUGCCCAGAAUGCCGUGGAGGCUGCCAAGAGCCAGAAGGCAGGAUUGGGCCCUCGCUUCUCGCCCAUCAACCCUCUGCAGGCAGCAGCCCCUGGAGUGGGCCCCCCGUUCAGCCAGGCCCCGGUUCCUCCGCUACCUUCUGGUCCUCCUGGGGCUCCCAAGCUGCCUCCCGCCUCCCAGCCCAACCUGGUGGCAGCGGUUGCCCCUGGGCCCGGGCUGGCCCCGUCUGCCCAGCCUGGAGGGCCCCCCAUGGCUGGCCCCGUGGCUGUGGCCGGAGUGAGCGGCCCGGCCUCGGCUCAGCUGGGCGGCCCAGCACUCGGGGCAGGGCAGCAGUCGGUCACCAACAAGGUCCUGGCGUGGAGUGGCGUUCUUGAGUGGCAGGAGAAGCCCAAACCAGCCUCGGUGGACGCCAACACGAAGCUGACAAGGUCCCUGCCCUGCCAGGUCUACGUGAACCAGGGAGAGAACUUGAAGACGGAGCAGUGGCCCCAGAAGCUAAUCAUGCAGCUCAUCCCACAGCAGCUGCUGACCACCCUGGGCCCCCUAUUCCGGAACUCCAGGAUGGUCCAGUUUCAUUUCACCAACAAGGACCUGGAAUCUCUGAAGGGCCUUUACCGCAUCAUGGGCAACGGCUUUGCCGGCUGCGUGCACUUCCACCACACGGCGCCGUGCGAGGUGCGCGUCCUCAUGCUGCUCUACUCGUCCAAGAAGAAGAUCUUCAUGGGGCUCAUCCCCAAUGACCAGAGCGGCUUCGUCAAUGGGAUCCGCCAGGUCAUCACGAACCACAAGCAGGUGCAGCAGCAGAAGCUGGAGCAGCUACAGCAGCAGCCCCCCCCACCGCAGCCGCCCCCCCGUGGGAUGGGGGGGCCACAGGCCCCCCCCGGCCUGGGCCCCCUCCUGGAGGAGCAGCAGCGGCCCCCACAGAGCCUGCUCCAGCUCCGCCAGCCACAGCCACAGCCCCCAGGUGGGGUAGGAGUAGGAGUGACGGGGGCGGGCGGCCAGCCUCAGCCUCCCCCAGGCCCUGCCCAGCCCCCUCCCGGAGGUCCCCCCCCAGGAGCACCCCCUCCUGGAGCUCCUCCUCCUGGGCCUCUGCUGCGGCCCCAGAACCCGGGCGCCAACCCCCAGCUACGGAGCCUCCUGCUGAACCCACCACCACCGCCAGCAGGGGGGCCACCGCCCCAGGCCUCCCUUCACCACCUGCAGCCUCCAGGAGCCCCGAGCCUGCUGCCUCCCCCGCACCAGGGCCUGGGUCAGCCGCCCUUGGGCCCUCCCUUGCUGCACCCUCCACCUGCUCAGCCUUGGCCGGGACAGCUUCCCCCGAGGGCCCCUCUGCCAGGUCAGAUGCUCCUGAGCGGAGGCCCCAGGGGUCCCGUCCCCCAGCCUGGCCUGCAGCCACCCAGCGUCAUGGAGGAGGACAUCCUCAUGGACCUCAUCUGAGGCCGCCCCCGUGUGGCAGCCCAAUAAAGCUUCCUUGUCCCA